AAUACGAGAGAUAAACAAACAACAUUCUAUUUUUAGAAGAAAAUGUACUAGAUAAAUAGCCUGUUAUUAUUUAUAACGAAAUGGCGGAAAGGACAGUACAACUUGGUACACAAAUGGUGGAGUUUCCAUCAGAUAGACUACAACAGCUUGCAGAUUGCAAUCAUCUGUUAUCUGAUGUGGAGGCGUUACACAAGGAAAUACAAACAAAAGGAUACUUAUUUAUUCGGGGUUUGCAUGACCGACAAGAAGUACUUAAUGCACGACAAACUGUACUAGAAUACGUCAAAGAACAAGGCAAUGGAAAACUAGUUGAUCCUUGGCCUGAGGGAGUAUUGGAGGCUAGAUGUGGUCAAGGUUGUAUCCCAUUUAUGGAGGGAGACAGAAAAAUAACACAUGCAGAAAAUAUUCAAAAAGUUUUGGAAGGUCCUAGACCAAAAGAUUUCUUUAGACGAUUUCUGGGAGAGGAACCAAGAACAUUUGAUUUUAAAUGGUUAAGAGGUAUAUACAGAGAGGCUUUUACUGGUGUGCAUGUUGACCGUGUUUACAUGAACAGAGGAACACCAAAUCUUUACACAAUGUGGACACCAUUUGGGGAUGUAAGACUUGAAAUGGGAUGUUUGGCCGUAUGUGAAGGAUCUAAUUCUCUAGACAGUUUUCAACACUUCCAGAAAACAUAUGGACAUUUAGAUGUUGAAGCUGCCAAACUGAAAGGAACUGGAUGGUUUACAACUGAUCCAUGGGAAAUCACAGAGAAGUUUGGAGGACAAUGGAAAACAUCUGACUUCAAAGCAGGAGAUGUGUUAAUUUUUACCAUGGGGACAGCUCACAUGUCUACAGCUAACUUAACAGACUUACUCAGAAUCAGUUGUGAUACAAGAUGGCAAAGAGUGAGUGAAAAAGCCGAUGAAAGAUACAUGGGGGAUAAUUUUGGAUCUAAGGUCAAAUUUGGUCUACAAUUCAAAGACGAUAAAAGUGAUGAAGAAGAAGUGACAAUAGAAAAACUGAAGAAGACCUGGGGCAUUUAAAUUAAUGCUAAAUCCGAUGAAAACAAUAAAAUAAAAAAAUAUUAAAUACAGAAUUAAUAUAAAUAUUAAAUAGCGAUUUAAUAAAAUGCUUCGCUAAACACAGGCUGAUAGGACCACAGAGGUUGACCCUAAACAGUUGGUGCAAAUUUGGACACAAUAUUGAAGCUGGAUACUGUCUGAAUUUGGGUUGUGAUCAAAUUUUUUUGCAGUCUUAUAAAAAAUGAAUAAGAAAUUGACUAUUUUAUAUUAUAACUUAAAUCUGACCUACAUGUAUAAACCAGUUUGACAAAAGGUUAAACUCAUGGAUUGAUAGAGUGAAGUACUUCUUAAAUUAUAUACAUGCUCUGAAGAAUGGAUGUAAUAAGUUUACAACAAAUAUAUUCACUAAGGAAAGCAGCCUCAUUAAGGUCAAGGAACAGUCAAUGGGCUAUGUCGCAGAUUUUGCUAAAAUUUGCAUACAACCGUGGCUCGUUGAACUACAACUGAAAAUCGAAAAAAUAAUACAUUUAUCUCUUUAAUUAUCUGAAAAAUUGCAGAUUGAUUUCUUUUAAUAUGGGUGAAUAUUUGUAUAGAAAGCACAUAAAAUCAAUUUGUUACCUUGUUGGUAGUGAAAAACGUAAAAAAUCAACGUUUUACGGCCUGCAAUGCGAUAACGUUAUGAUUAU